AGCCGUCAGCCGUCACUCUGUUCUCCUGCUGCUGCUCGGACCAGAGACACAACUAACAGGAGAUCAGGGGUCAGCCAACCUUCGAGAUGUUGCCUCAACACAUGAAGCAGAUCCGAGUCCUGGUGCUCAACGACAAGGAGAAUUUAGAGCGGACUCUGUUCAGGCUUGAUCAAGGGUUGGAGCUCUACUUCCAGCUUGGUCCCAGUCUUCAGGGGAGGAACGUUACAGUAUACACAAACUACCCACCAGAAGGACAGCCAUUUCACCGGAAGAACUACCGCGUUUUGAAGUGGAACAACCCAACAGGAAGAGAGGAUGACUCUGAUAAGUUCUGCACUCUGGAACUCAAAGUAGCCGGGUCCUAUCAGUACUACUUUUCUCAUGGGAUCUCAGAUCGGUCAGGAGGAGGCUACUUUGUCGUCAACCCGCUCCUUCACGUCGGACCAGAAAACCACGUCCUUCCACUAGACUGCAUCACCAUCGAGACCUACCUGUCCAAAUGUCUGGGACACCUGAAUGACUGGCCAGAUAGAUUAAGAGUGUCCAAGGAGUCAGGAUACAAUGUGAUCCACUUAACACCCCUACAGACUCUAGGAGAGUCCAGGUCUUGCUACUCCUUGGCUGACCAGCUGACCUAUAGCCCAGAGUUCAGUCCAGAAGGUCAGAACUACGGCUGGGCUGACGUAGGGGGGCUGGUGGAGAAGAUGCGGAGGGACUGGAACAUGCUGUGUAUCACUGAUGUGGUGUAUAAUCAUACUGCGGCUAACAGUGGCUGGAUCAGAAAACAUCCUGAGUGUGGUUACAACCUGAUGAACUCUCCUCACCUGCGUCCAGCCUGGGUCUUAGACAGAGCUAUCUGGCAUUUAACUACCAGAGUGGCAGACGGACGCUACACAUCUAAAGGACUUCCUCCUAAUAUUACCAACGAUAGCCAUCUUAAUGCCAUCCGCAGUGUGUUGUGGCAGGAUGUGUAUCCAGAGAUCAAACUGUGGGAGUUCUUCCAGAUCAAGGUGGACACUGCAGUAAAUCGUUUCAGGACCCUCCUACAGGACGGUACCAAGGCAGACCAUAGUAAGACUGGACGGAAGAAGGGUCUGAAGAUCAUCCAGGACCCAAAAUACCAUCGUUUUGGUAACACAGUGGACAUGGACUCUGCUCUGGAGACAUUUGUACCCCACAGCGCAUCUCCACAGCACAUAGAGGACUGCUGCGGCUGGCUCAAACAGAAGCUGGACGAGCUGAAUGAAGAACAAUACCACAUCGUGCACCAGCAUCAGGAGCAGGCUGCCAACUGUGUGGUGGGAAAUGUAGUAUAUGAGCGUAUGGCUGACCACGGCCCCAAACUGGGACCUAUUAACAGGAAGAACCCUCUGGUUACCAGGUAUUUCACCUUCCCAUUCCCUGAGAUGACUCUGGCUCAGGAGAUGGUGCUGAUGGACCAGCCGGACAAGUGUUGUCACUUCCUGGCUCACAAUGGCUGGGUGAUGGGUGACGACCCGCUACGCAACUUUGCCGAGCCAGGUUCCAACGUGUACAUCCGUCGUGAGCUCAUCUGCUGGGGCGACAGCGUCAAACUCCGCUACGGCAAAGGACCUGAGGACUGCCCCUACCUGUGGGCCCACAUGCAGAAAUACACUGAGAUCACAGCCAAAUAUUUCCAUGGCGUCAGACUGGACAACUGCCACUCUACACCCUUACAUGUAGCUGAGUACAUGCUGGACGUGGCCAGAGCAGUGAAUCCUAACCUGUAUGUGGUGGCUGAGCUAUUCACCGGCAGCGAGGAGCUGGAUAAUAUCUUCGUUACCAGGCUAGGGAUUUCAUCACUGAUAAGAGAGGCCAUGUCAGCUGGUGACAGCCAUGAGGAGGGUCGCUUGGUCUAUCGUUACGGAGGAGAGCCAGUAGGAGCCAUGGUUCAGCCCAGUCUCCGCCCACUGACGUCCUGCAUCGCCCACGCCAUGUUCCUCGACGUAACCCAUGACAACGAGUGUCCCAUACAGUUGCGUUCAGCUCUGGACUCUCUGCCCAGCUCUGCUAUUGUCUCUAUGGCCUGCUGUGCUACUGGCUCCACCAGAGGAUAUGAUGAAUUAGUACCACAUCAGAUAUCUGUGGUGAAGGAGGAGCGUUUUUACCCCAAGUGGAACCCCGCUGCAUCCCACUCCUCUGCUGGCGAGGUCGGACCUCAUACCGGCAUCAUCGCUGGGAAACUGGCACUCAACAAGCUGCACCAGGAACUGGCUUCACAUGGAUUCAUGCAGGUGUAUGUAGACCAGGUGGAUUCAGAUAUAGUCGCAGUUACUCGUCACUGUCCCAACACCCACCAGUCUGUGGUGUCAGUGUGUAGGACGGCCUUCUGGAACCCCAAACACCACGAGUACGGCACCAGCGUCCCACCCAUGUUCAUCCCUGGGAAGAUAGAGGAGGUGGUGUUGGAGGCGAGGACAGUGGAAAGGCAUGCUGGAAGCUACAAGAAGGACGGCAAAUUCAUCAACGGCAUGCCAGAAUAUACAGUGGAGAUUAAAGAGCACAUACCGUUAGAGGAGAGUACAGUGGUGAAGCAGUCUGGGGUGACGUCUAAAGGUCGAUCAGAGUUCGUGCAAGAAAUCUGCUUCCAGAAGUUAACACCUGGCAGCGUCAUCGCCUUCAGGGUCAGUUUGGACCCCAAAGCCCAGAAGUUGGUGGGGAUGCUGAGGUAUUAUCUGUCCCAGUUCAGCCCCAAAUACAAAAGAGGUAGUGUAGCAGAUGAGAACCCACCAGAGGCUCUGCAGAAACCACUGGCACAGCUGAUGUCCACGCUGUCUCUGGCAGACCUGAACAUCCUGCUGUUCCGCUGUGACUCAGAGGAACAGGAGGAUGGUGGAGGCUGUUACGGCAUCCCAGGAUGGGAGACCUUAAAAUAUGCUGGACUACAAGGUCUCAUAUCAGUGCUGGCUGAUAUCCGUCCUCACAAUGACCUGGGCCAUCCUGUGUGUGAUAACCUCAGGCAAGGAGACUGGCUGAUAGACUUUGUCUCUAAUAGGCUGAUCCACAGAGGAGGACCACUGGCGGCGGUGGGUCAGUGGUUGGCAGCCAUGUUUCACUACCUGAAACACAUGCCACGUUACCUCAUCCCCUGUUACUUUGACGCCAUCCUGGUAUCAACCUACACCACGGCUCUGGAUGCGUCUUAUAAACACAUGUCCAAUUUCGUCCAGAAAGGCUCCACCUUCGUACGUCACCUGGCGUUGGGUUCAGUCCAGAUGUGCGGCAUCGGACGCUGCGCCGCCCUGCCUCCCGUCUCCGCGAAACUCGACGACGUCCCCUAUCGCAUCAGUCCAAUCACAAACCAGAAGGAGCAGUGCUGCGUCUCAUUGUCUGCAGGUCUUCCUCAUUUCUCUGCUGGGAUUUUCCGUUGCUGGGGCAGAGACACUUUCAUCGCUCUCAGAGGACUGAUGCUGCUCACUGGAAGACAUAUUGAGGCCCGUAACAUCAUCCUGGCCUUUGCGGGGACCUUGCGUCACGGUUUGAUCCCCAACCUGCUGGGUGAGGGUCGCUGUGCCAGAUACAACUGCCGUGAUGCCGUGUGGUGGUGGCUGCAGUGCAUCCAGGACUACGCUACCCACGUUCCCCAAGGCCAUGAAAUCCUCCGCUGCCCUGUCACACGCAUGUACCCGAAUGAUGACUGUGAGCCCUGCAAACCUGGAGAGGUGGAGCAGCCUCUGCACGAUGUAAUUCAGGAGGCUCUGCAGCGCCACCUAGAGGGGAUUUCCUACAGAGAGAGAAACGCUGGACCCAAGAUAGACAUGCACAUGAGAGAUGAAGGGUUCAACGUGGCCGUUAAGGUGGAUCCAGUGACCGGCUUUGUCAGCGGAGGAAACCGGUUUAACUGUGGCACCUGGAUGGAUAAAAUGGGAGAAAGUGACAGAGCCAGGAACAAAGGCAUGCCUGCUACUCCCAGAGAUGGGGCACCAGUGGAGAUAGUUGGUCUCAGUAAGUCAACUGUCCGCUGGGUUGUGGAUCUCCAUGGCAAAGGACUGUUCCCUUACAAGGGAGCUAAAGUACACAGAGAUGGUAAAGAAGUGUUUAUCCCGUACACCCAGUGGAACGAUCAGCUCCAGCUGUCCUUCGAAGCAGGUUUCUGGGUGUCUGGGGAAGAAGGCGACCCCAACGAGAAGCACCCUGACCUGGUUCAUAAAAAAGGGAUCUAUAAGGACAGCUAUGGAGCCUCCAGCCCCUGGUGCGACUACCAACUGAGACCUAACUUCACUAUCGCCAUGGUAGUGGCUCCAGAGCUGUUCACAGUAGAGAGAGCCUGGCACGCUCUGGAGGUGGCUGAGAAGAAACUACUGGGACCACUGGGAAUGAAAACACUUGAUCCUGAUGACAUGGUGUACUGUGGUGUCUAUGACAACGCACUGGACAACGACAACUACAACGUGGCGAGAGGCUUCAACUACCACCAGGGACCGGAGUGGCUUUGGCCUGUAGGUUACUUUUUGCGUGCUAAACUGUACUUCGCCAAGAAGAUGGGUAAAGAAACCUACACCAAGACUGUCACCCUGGUCAAAAAUGUUCUGUCACGACAUUACACCCACCUGGAGAGGUCUCCAUGGAAGGGUCUGCCAGAGCUGACCAAUGAGAAUGGCCAGUACUGCCCGUUCAGCUGUGAGACCCAGGCCUGGUCUGUGGCCACCGUGCUGGAGGUCCUCUACGAUCUCUAGAUGACCGUGACACGCCUGCCUCCCUGUCUUGCUAAUAUUGUACUUCCUGUUGUAGCCAUGAGAGAGAGAAAGAAGCUCAAUUCCAGAGCUUGAAGAUGCAGGUAGCCUCAGUCUAGACUCCCAACACACACACACACACACACACACACACACACACACACACAAACACACAAACACACACACACACAAGCCUGUCAUCAUCCUGAGAGGUUACUAUGCUGCAUUUAAGUCCCGUGGGAAAAAACUAAAAUGUUCAAGUUUGCAUGUUAAGGAUACCAUGAUGGAAUUAAUGUAACUUUAACAGUGUUAGCCAUUUUAAUACUUGACCAUUAAAUAACUAAUUAGCAAAUAACUCAGUAUCAAUAUCUGUUCUUGGUCUAUUUAAACCUAGGGUUACUUAGCACUCUUCUAAAGUAGUAAUAUAUUAGUAUUUAUUGCUGAAAGCUAAAGAGAACUGUAUUUAUUUAGGAACCUCAAAUUUCCCAUGUGACCUAAAUGCAGCAUUUUUCCAGCUUGAGCCAUUACUUCAAAUUUACACCAACUCCUGAGCUGAUUUAGUGUCAGUGCUCAUUUUUUUAAAAAGUGGAACUUGAUAGAUUUUUAAACACAUUUUAAAGCACCUUGACCUCACAACCAGCAGCCUAACUAAAAGGGUCAAAAAAAGAGAAGAAAAUAUUUCUUAUUGAAUUAAAAUAACCUGCCACAGUCUGCAUUUACUGCUUGAAUCCUACCUCCUAACUGUCACAGCUCUGUCCUCAUGUCACUCGUGUCUCAACAUAAGGUCAACACACACUUACUCCAUAUUUUCUGCUGUUGAAGUAUCAGUCUUUUCCUUGGUAUUGUCACUAUAUAGAGAUUCUUGAACUAACAAAGAUUUUACACAGUCGACACAUAUGUGAUAGCAACAUACAUGUUACAAGCCUAAUUGUUGUCAUAAGAAGUCAACAGUUCAGAUUCAGUUUACUGGACACACAUGACACAACUGUGCGAUUUUAGAAUUCAUUUAGAAUAACCUCCUGCAAAAAAUAGUCUUCCAGGUGUUUCUCUGUUUUCCCCACAAGCCUUAUAAUGUACUUUAAUGUUUCUAUCAUGUGCUCUGUCAUCAUUAAUCAAGCUGUGUAGUAUCAUUAAACUAAAAGAAGCUGUUUAGUGCAUGAAGGUUGUUCUCCAAGUGCCAUGAAGCAGAACACUUCCAGUGCUUUGUGUUUUUAAGUGUCUGUAGAUCUCUGCUGGUGACCUUCCACUGUCUUAUAGUGAAAUAAUAGAACAGGUGAAAUAUUGUGUACCAGCUAACAGAAGUCACUGUGAUGUAUUGAACUUGUAUCACUUCCCACUUCCUGUGUCAGACACACACUGCUGAUAACAUCGUAACACAUCAUGUGGUCACUUUGAAGUCUUGUUUCUGUAACUUAAGGACGUAAAACAUUGAUGUGCUUUCAAUACUUGAUAUCCAACUGAAGCUGAGGUACGGUUACUUUGCUGAAAAGUUCAAAUAAGACAGCAGAGCAGAGCAGUUGUCUGUUUUUAGAUGUAGCACUUUCAGUUUUCUACUUUUCAACAAUGUGGUUUACUGAUAGCCAGCAGAGCCAGUGAAGAAGCAACAUGUCCCUGUCUCAAAGGAUGACUAUAUUAUGAGGUUAGAUGACACUUUAUGUAUCUUUUAACAGAGAGAUACAUGAAGUGAUAUGACAGAACAGUGCAAUGUCUGUGAGCUGAAACCAUAAUGUUAGUUUUUAGUUUAACAGUAUAAAAGGUUUUACUGGAUAGAUACUGGACACUUAAACGGUGUAGCCUCAUGACCCCCCACCUCACUGUGACAUGCAUACUCUAGCCUAUGUGUGCCUGCCUUUACAUCAGUCUGUCUGUUGUCUGUAAUGUUGUUGUUCACUCUGUUUGAUUGGUGUAACUAUUGCCAUGGACAGAGCAAUGCUAAAUAAACUGUUACCUGACUUGA